AUGGCUAAGCUUUCGCGUGGUGCCCCCGGUGGCAAGCUCAAGAUGACCCUGGGUCUCCCAGUCGGUGCCGUCAUGAACUGCGCUGACAACUCGGGUGCUCGCAACCUGUACAUCAUCUCCGUCAAGGGUAUUGGUGCCCGCCUGAACCGCCUGCCCGCUGGCGGUGUCGGUGACAUGGUCAUGGCCACCGUCAAGAAGGGAAAGCCCGAGCUGCGAAAGAAGGUCCACCCCGCCGUCAUUGUCCGCCAGGCCAAGCCCUGGAAGCGAUUCGACGGUGUCUUCCUGUACUUCGAGGACAACGCUGGUGUGAUCGUCAACCCCAAGGGUGAGAUGAAGGGCUCUGCUAUUACCGGCCCCGUCGGUAAGGAGGCUGCUGAGCUGUGGCCCCGUAUUGCCAGCAACUCUGGUGUCGUGAUGUGA